GAGCUGACACUCUAGCACAACAAUGGAGCCCAUGAGCGCUGAAGCAGCACUGACAGGGCCAGAGUUGCGCACAGUCCAGCGCAUGGAAUUUUCAACGGGCGGUGAUGUCACACUGCCUUGUCACCUAACUUCUGCAGCCAACGCUGUUGCCAUGGAGAUCAGGUGGUUCCGAAACACAGACUGUAUCUAUCUGUUCAAGAAUGGCCAGGUGACCGUGAGGGAAGGCUAUGAGGACAGAGUCAGUGUAAGCCGAGAUAAGCUGACGAGAGGAGAUGUGUCUCUGAGACUGAGGGGGAGCACAGACGCCGACACUGGGCGCUACUGCUGUCAGGUCAUCAGUGGAGAGCAUAUUACAGAAACAAGAAUUUUUCUGCGCUAUGAUGGAGAAAGAGGGGUGAUCCUUCCUGGCAAGUACUAGACACAACACAUCUCACACUUAUAGCCUA